AUGGCAGCGCCGACCGAAAAGGAGAAAAUGCUUCGAGGGGAGCUGUACCGCGCCUUUACCCCUGAGCUGACCGCAGCCCGACGCCGGUGCCAACGCGCGACCCAUCGGUACAACAACGCAGGCGAGGAAGUCUCGCGUCGACGCCUGGUGGAGCUGUGGAGAGACAUCGUUGAGGACCCGACCCCGCUGCCGCCCCAGCUCGAUGACCCCGCGCAGGACGAGGCCCUAUUCGAGCGAGAGCCGUGGAUCGAACCGCCCAUUCGGAUGGACUACGGGUUCAAUGUGAAGGUGGGCGAGGGCUCGUUCAUCAACUACAACUGUUCUAUCGUCGAUACGUGUCUGGUGACGAUCGGCGCGCGGACGAUAAUGGGCCCCAACGUCAGUAUGUAUAGCGGCAGGCACCCGCUGGAUCCGGCAGUGCGGAACGGUCUGGAAGGGCCAGAGACAGGCCAGGAGAUCCAUAUCGGCGAGGACUGCUGGAUUGCUGGCAAUGUCACAAUCCUACAGGGCGAUGUUCCUGCUUUCCAUUUGGCUUUUGGCAAUCCAGCCCGAGUCAUCCGCAAGAUCGAAACGACCAUGACAGAGUGA